CAGAGGCUGUACCGGCACUCCUAAGUUUAACUUUGCAGUAUUGUAGGGUUUCGUUACCUGUUAAUAACUCCUUCUUCAGGCUAUUUCCUGCCGUCGCGGGAGUUAAUAUAUUCUCUGAGUUGCAGCCCUACAUGCACGUGAGCAGGAGGACAGGCUACAUAUUCCCUCCGCCUGCCUCUUCACUGCCAGUAGGAAGCAACUGCGGUAACCUAAUCCCUGCGGUCAGGGCGCUGCAGCACACGCUCUCCCAAGCCUUCUGGGGCAGUUGUCUGAGGCUAAAAAUGGCCUUCGCACCCGGACAAGGUGACCCGGAAAGCACGCGGCCUCCGUGUCACAGGACGUCAGAGCUGCGGACGCUUAAAUAACUCUGGGCACCCAAGUGAAAGAUUAUCACUUGGCCCGGAUCGCCUUCACUCGUUUGCGGAAGGAGUUGAAACCUUCCCGCUGGCUCUCGCUCUGGGCACGAGACGCCCGCAUGGAAUGUGCCUGCUUACUCUCUCCCCGCUUAUUUAUGGGCGUCCCAGCCUCCUGCCGAGACUCAGAGGCUGCGCAGACGCAGCUGUCGGGCUCGGACCCGCUGCCAGCGCGUACAGUAGUCAACUGCAGAGCUUGGGCGCGCGCCUCUCGCGCGCCAUCAGAGGGUCUCGGCAGCAAAGACAGAGUUGUGGAUGAUCCUUUUUAACCUUCUAGAAACUCAGCUAACUCGGGUACAUAGGUAUUAUUUGUCUAGUUUUCAAGAAAUGAUCAAGAAAGCAGCAAUAUAUUGCCAUCCAUUAGCUAAUCACUUAAUGGAUCCAGAGGUUCAAAAAGAGAGCAGAGAAGACGACGAUGACAGGACAGUGGUUGCAGAGAUCAUGAGGAGAUGUUUUGUUCCAGCGUUUGUAACAACCGUCCCCUGGGAGGCAUUUCAUUUCGCUGGUCAUGAGAUUCGGAUCAAUGAAGCCACGGAUUGUUAUGGCGCUGUCGUUUGGCCAUCGGCCCUUGUUCUGUGCUAUUUUCUGGAAACUAACGUAAAGCAGUAUAACAUGGCCGACAAAAAUGUGAUUGAAAUUGGAGCCGGAACAGGGCUUGUCUCUAUUGUGGCGAGUUUACUUGGUGCACACGUGACUGCCACAGACUUACCCGAGGUGCUUGGAAACCUGCAGUAUAAUAUUUCCCGAAACACCAGAAUGAAAGCUAAGCAUCUGCCGCAGGUCAGAGAGCUCUCCUGGGGCGUAGCUCUAGACAAGAACUUCCCCAGGGCUUCCACCAACUUUGACUACAUCCUGGCAGCCGACGUCGUCUACGCUCACCCGUUUCUCGAGGAACUCCUCAUUACCUUUGACCAUCUGUGCAAAGAAACCACCGUCAUCCUCUGGGUCAUGAAAUUCAGGCUGGAGAAGGAAAAUAAAUUUGUAGAUAGAUUUGAGCAGUUGUUUGACCUGGAGGAGAUUUCUAGUUUCCCUAGCCUGAAUAUUAAGUUGUAUAAAGCGAUGAAGAAAAAUCUGAAGAAUGCGUGUUAUCCUCAAAGGAGGACGUGGAAAGCGAAGGCAAUUUCUGGUAGAUUAUUGCUUUAACAAAGACCCUGGAUAAUCUGAUUGUAGCACUGACUUUCCCAAGGGGAAACACACACAGAGUCACACACACAUACAGACACACACACACAUGCGCAUGCGCGUGCAUGCACCUCACCCCAGGCAGGGAUGUUCCCAGAUAUAGCAUGUGGAUCUAGAGAAUGGCAAAGCCAUUGUGUGCUAAUUGAUUAGGACAAAGUCUGCUUUCCUUAUCUUUCUAUAGCACCAUCUUUAAUUAUUAUCAUCUUUUUUUAUUAUUUUUUAUUUUAUUUUAUUUUAUUAUAAUUAUCAUCUUAAUACAUGGUGCAGUCAUUGUUAAGGUAUAACUGUUGAACAAUGGUUUUUAAUGAACAAUGGUUUUUAAUAAUGGUGUCUCUAACAUAAGCUUAUAUGAUUCUCUCUUUAGAAAUAAAGAAAUGGACUCUAGUGAGCUCACAAAUAAAUCGGAAAAGGCAGACAUAGGAUGUGAUGGUUGGUGUGAGAUUACUAUGGCUUCGUUAGUGCCAGCUUAUGGGUGGUCUGUCUUCUCUGCUUGGCAGGGUGGGUCUCCAGCCCAACCCCUGAAAUCAAUCAAGCUGGUGGAUUUGAGGUUAUGGGCAAGGACAUUUCACUCCAGUAAAUGAAAAAUGAAUAGAAGAACACAUAAAAACAGCUGAGAUUUUGGGGGGAGUUAUUGUUUUA